AUGUCGGCAGUGUCGGAGAAGUACCAACGCUUGUGGGCCCUGGAGCAGCUCGUGGCCGACCCCGAGCUGUCCUUCGAUGACCUGGAGCGCAUAUUGGAGGCAUUUCCCGAGGAGGAGCUGGAGCCGCUGCAGGCCCGGGUCUUCCUCCGUGCGCUGGAGGACCACAUUGGCACCCACCGGAUCAACUCCCACACAGCCAUGAUCCUGCGCUCCCUGGAGGCCGUCCUGCCCCUCCGUGUCCCUCAUGGGGAGCGCCUGGUACCUCCACCCAACCUCCACACAGAUGUGUCCACCCAUGCGGCCAUGGAGGCGCUCAGAGCCGCUGGGCAGGAGAACUUUGCUGAGCGCGAGCAGAUUGUGCUGAGCUUCUUUCCCGAACCGACGGCACAGGAGCUGGAAGUGUUCAAGGAGCUGCGGGAGGUGGCAGCCAACCCACGGAGGAAAGCGCAUCGCAUCGUCAACCCCCGGAGGCGCCAGAUCCAGACGCAGCUCACCGAGUACGCCGCCGCCCUGCGCUCCAGCCUAGGCCCCACCUUCCUACAGGGCUUGGGCAGGGUGCGAGGUGAGCUGGCAGGCAUUGGCGGCGCCGACCCGCUGCUGGGGGCGCUGGCGGCGGGGACCAGCGCGCAGGCCGAGGUGGGGCAGCCCCUCUCGCGGGGCCCGGGGGUGAUCAGGCCAUGGCGCUCGCCCACGGCCACGCCGGGGCCGCUGCCGCGGGAGCCUGCGCCUGCAGGCCCCUCGGCCGCUCUCCAGGUCACCCCCCAGGCCAGGAGGGCCGAGGCGGUGUUCGACCCCGACUCCCUGCCCCCGCUGAAGAAGGUCACACCGGAGUACGGCCAGCGGCGCAAGAAAACGCCGUGGACUGCGCGGGAGGAGGAUGUGCUGCUCAAGUACUGCCAGCACCCCAUGUACAAGGCGGGGAACUGGAGGAUGAUCAAGGACCACGACCGGGUGAACGGCAACCACCUGUUUGACCGCAGCAUCGUGGACCUCAAGGACAAGUGGCGCAACAUGCUGCGCCACGACCCUUCCCUCGCACGCUUCCACAAGAAGUACCUGGGGCGGGCAGACCCGCCUGCACAGGACUAUGCAGACACGCCCCCCACCUCGGGCACCCAUGGCAGGUUCCUGGAGGAGUAG